AUGCAGGAGACUUCAGGGCAGCCUCCAGGGCCACAUAAUGAAGUGGUCUAUCAGCCUCCAGUUUAUUAUGAGAUGGUAGUUCCAAAACCAAGUCAAGAUCAAACUCCGCAUCCAAUGUCACCCAGUGGCACAGCUGAACCUUCGAAGUUAGAGUCAACCAUAACUCAGGUACCCACUACACAGGAUGAACAUUCUACAGCCUUCAAGUCUAUAUCUCCUCCUCCUUAUCCAAUGUACCCUGAGGUGACAUUUUCACCUCCAGUCCAGAUUCAGACUCAGUAUACAAACCUGCCUCAAGUCACAGUCAAGCCUCUGGACCUGGAAAUUACCCAAACUCCACAACGUACUACAGAGGCUACACCUUCUACUACCAUGCAAAUGACCCUAACUCAGUCUACAGAGCCACUAAAGGAGCUCGUAACUCAGUCCCCAGGGGACAAUGAGAUGACAGUUCCAACAGCAGGUCAGCAUCAAGCUCAGCACCCAACAUCACCCAGGGUCAUAGCUCAGCCUUCCAAGAUGGAGCUAACCAUAACUCUGGUACCCACUGCAAAAGCUGGCCAUUCUCCAUCCCUGAAGAAGACUACAGAUCUACAUCCAGGCCAGGUUCAGACUCAGCACUCAACCCUAACUGAAGUCACAGAUCAACCCCUGAAUGCGGCUGCCACCAUAAAUGUCUGUGAGCUCUGCACCUGCAAAGAUGAGACACUUUCAUGCACUGGCCUCAGCCCAGUGCAGAAGCUUCACAGAGUUCCUGUACCAGAGCCCAACAGCUACAAUGGCACCUUCAGCAUAUUAAAUUUCCAAGGAAACUCGAUUUCUUUCAUUGAUGAAAAUGUAUGGAAAGCAUACCGCUGGGCUGAGACACUAAUCCUCAGUGAAAAUGACUUGACUGAAUUACAUAAGGACUCAUUUGAAGGCCUGCUGUCCCUCCAACACUUAGAUUUAUCCUGCAAUAAAAUAGAGUUUAUCGAAAGACGUGCAUUUGAGUCACUCCCUUUUUUGCAGUCUAUAAAUCUUGGUUGCAAUUUACUGACAGAACUGAGCUUUGGGACAUUUCAGGCGUGGCAUGGAAUGCAGUUUUUGCACAAUGUAAAUCUCAAUCGUAAUCCUCUGAAAAACGUUGAAGAUUCGUAUCUUUUUAAACUGCCAGCAUUAAAAUAUCUAGACUUGGGAACAACACAAGUACCACUUACCACAGUUGAGAACAUCCUCAUGAUGACUCUUCAAUUGGAAAACCUGAUCUUACCCAGCCAUAUGGCCUGCUGCCUCUGCCAAUUUAAACAUACUAUCGAGGUUGUCUGCAACACCGUCAAGCUUCACUGUGACAAUGAAUGCCUGCCAAAUACGACACAUUGCCUUGAAGAAGCAUCUAUAGGGAACCCAAAGGGGGCAUUCAUGAAGAUAUUGCAAGCCCGGAAGAACAACACCAGCAAGCAGCUGACUAUUGAGCCAGGGAACCCAGUAUCAGAGAGAAACUUGGACUUCCCAGGCCGCAUGAGUGAACAGCGAGACCUCAACGAUGAAAGUGAUGUUAUUAGUGCACUGAAUUACAUAUUGCCUUAUUUCUCAGAGGAAAAUCUACAAAAUGUAGAAUCAACAUUAUUACCAUUCAUUACACUGCUUUUUUCAUAAACUGCCCCGUCACAGGAGAACAGCCUGGCAACCAUGCCAAGUGUGGGGUACAGGCUGCAGAGAGUGAAAAAAGUCAUCAAGGGGCCAAAGGGCUUACGGGAAAGGCACCUCCAGGAGAUGAGGAAGAGCCUCGGGAGGAGACGGGGCACCUGGCCCUUUGCGGAGAGCAUUGGGGGAAGAAGGCUUGGGAGAGCAGUCCGGGAGCUGAAGGAGCUUCAAGUGGCUCAGAGGCCCAGGCAGGUGGCCGGAAACUCCUUGCACACGGAGCCCUUGCUCACAAAGGAACGUGAGGCUGCAGCCCCCUCUUUCCUGAAGACACAUCUGGGCAGGCCUUCUACCUCCCCUGCAAAAUCUCUCUCUGAGAUCAACAACAAAGGAAAAGACUUAACCUACACCAUUUUUGUCUUAGAAGAUGCCAAUGCUAGAGCUAAAAAUAAGGCAGCAGGGAAACCAAUCUUGCAUUCCAGACAAAAUUACCGCUUUCACAAAACUCGCUCUCACCUGGUCCUCCGAACCCCCAAGGCCAAACUGAGUCGGAAGUUCAGAAGGAAAAAUUCCCUCAACAGGCAGAUGGCUGGGAAAAGGCCUCUGUUCCCUGCACUGCGGAGUCUCAUAAACUCCCCCUCCGGAGAGGCUUUCUCAUCCCCUGGAGGCCUGCAUUCUCGGAGUCCUCCUCUGAGAGAACCUUCUAUAGAAGACACUAGGGAGGAAAACCAUUCCGGAGGGCGUGUUUUUGAAGAAAAUUUUGCCAGAAACACCACUGCACAUGAAGAAAUGCUCCCUGGUGACAAAUGCACCACAGAUCCUUCAGCUACAGAUUCUGCUGGGACCGAGUUCGACCUAAUGCUGACUGUGGACCAAACCAAGGAAACACAGUGGGAAUACCCCAGCAAGGGCACUGAAGCCCCCACCAUGCCCGUAGGCUUCACCUACCCUGUGAUGCUGUCCCAGGGAGAACAGUUUGAAAUUCAGCUGAAUCAACAGCUACAGUCCCUCAUCCCCAACACUGACGUGAGAAGGCUCAUUUCUCACGUCAUCCGCACUCUGAAAAUGGACUGCUCUGAGGCCCAGGUGCAACUGCCCUGUGCCAAGCUCAUCUCCAAAACAGGCAUCCUGAUGAAGCUCCUCAGUGAGCAGCAGGAAGAAAAGAUAGCCAAGGAAGAAUGGGACACAGAGCAGUGGAGGACCGAGACCUAUAUCAAUGAGAGUACAGAAGCCCCGAGUGGACAGAAAGAGCAGGAGUCGAGAGCUCAAGAACACGGCUAUCACAACAAGCUCAUCGUGGCAAUAUCUGUGACGGCAGUGGUCACAAUGCUGGUUAUCAUCUUCUGUCUCAUUGAGUCACUGGUGGUGCACAACAAACAGGAGAUUCACUGUACUACUCUCCUGACUCAGCACCUAGUCACCUCCCCGGACCCACACGUUACGUCCAACAAAAUAUUUACUCUCAUAGAGGAAGAGGAAGAGAAGACAUAG